AUGCCCGCUAUCUCAGACUUUCCACGACUCCCUCUGUGCGAAGCAUGCUCUUGCCUCUUGACGGACUACAAGAACGAGCGCGCCCGCUUUGCCAUGUGGUACGAGCAAGACGGAUACGGGUAUACCAGGCUUCGACGCGAUCUCGAACGCGCAGCGGUAUUGGGAUGCGUCUUCUGCAAGAGCGUGGCGGCACAUGAUCGUAAGUAUCAACAAGACCAGAAUGAUGAUGGAAAUGCAGAGAAUCCAUCCUUUGAUCCGCGUCCGAGUUGGUAUCCGCCAUUGGACGAGGUGCUAAAGUUGCGAAUCCGUUAA